AUGCACCGGAUUCGUACCUGGGCGAGGGCGAAGGCCCAUGGCGGCGAUCCUCGCUCACGCAUAGUCACCUCUUCGCGCGCCGCUAGCGUCCCGCGAUCCUCGACAGGACUGUCCUCGUCCACUGCAACACGGCAAGCCCAGAGCCAGAGCAACCAUGAUACCACCACAGACGGAAACGAUGCGGCCCCGGCCGGUGGGGAGAAGGAGAAGCCAGAGCCAGAGAAGAAGCCGGUUAUGACCCGCUUCUUCAAUGUCAUCUGGAACGUCUUGACCUCCAGCUGGAUCAAUGUCCUUCUCGUCUUUGUCCCCGUCGGCAUCGCCGUCCACUUUGCCGGCCUGUCUGAUGGCAUUGUCUUCGCUAUGAACGCCAUCGCCAUCGUACCCUUGGCAGGUCUUCUCGCUCACGCCACCGAGAGCGUCGCAAAGCGGCUCGGCGACACUGUCGGCGCUCUGAUGAAUGUCACGUUCGGUAAUGCGGUCGAAUUGAUCAUUUUCAUAAUUGCCCUGGUCAAGAAUGAGAUCCGUAUCGUCCAAGCGUCCCUGCUGGGCUCCAUUUUGGCGAAUUUGCUGCUCAUCCUGGGCAUGGCCUUUGUGCUCGGCGGUCUGAGAUAUCGCGAGCAGAUCUACAACAGUACCGUUACCCAGAUGAGCGCCUGUCUCCUCAGUCUCAGUGUUAUCUCUCUACUUCUUCCUACUGCCUUCCAUGCCUCCUUCAGUAGCGGCUCCGAGGCCGACAUCCAGGUCUUGAAGGUCAGCCGGGGCACCAGUGUCAUCCUCCUGCUAGUCUAUGCGCUGUAUCUGGUCUUCCAACUCAACUCUCACGCUUAUAUGUACGAAUCGACCCCGCAGCAUAUCAUUGAGCAGGAGUCAGUCCCCGGCCCCGCGGCUCAUUACUUCGAUUCCUCGGACAGCUCAGACUCGGACUCUUCGUCCAGUUCCGACUCGGACUCCUCAGGCCACUCUGUCAGCACGGCUAAGAAGAUCAAGCGGGCCAUCAGGAAAGGCAGGAGUCGCAAGCAGAGCAUGGCUUCGGCUGACGCAGAAAAGCCCUCCAAUGUGUCAUCGUCUGCUUCGCCUGUCGUGGAGUCCCCGUCCGAAACGGUUGAGCGGACAGUCAGUGAGCCAACCGCGUCUUCCAGCCAGGAGCCGGUCACGCUUCAACUCACUGAGGAAGCAGCACGGGCUUUGCAAGACGCACAGGACGGGAAGAAGUCCAAGAAACACAAACACAAGAGCCGCCGCAGGAACAAAGACCAACCUCGUGACGAUGCAGAGGCUGCAGCCGCGGCCGGCGCACCCGUCAGGGCCGUCACUGGUGGUGCUGCCGGCCCAAUUGAUGAUGCCAACACCAAGCGUGUCGACUUUGCUGUCGGCCCCGACCUCGAAGCCCAGCCUGCUACGACUCGGCCGAAGCCGUUCUCCCUCCGCACUCUGCGCCCUAACCUGGCUAAGAACCUCUCCCAGAACGUCUUCACCAGCCCUGCCAACGCGGCCAACGCAGCUCCACAUGAACAACAGCAUCACCAUCACCAUCAUCAUGAUUCUCGCCCAGGCUUGCGCCGCACCCAGUCCAUGCCCUCGCAGAAUCAGUACUACCGUGGACAACCUGGCGCCUUGCCUCCCAUCGUACCUAUCGUCGUCAACAGCAGGUCUCUGACCCCGGGUGCCAACGAACAGGAAGACGAAGAGCCCGAAAUCUCCCGGACAUCUGCUGUGCUCCUCCUUCUGGGAUCGACAGCUCUGGUCGCCCUCUGCGCCGAGUUCAUGGUCGACGCUAUUGACGGAGUCGUGUCAGGGUCCUCAGGUAUCUCUGAGGCCUUCAUAGGUCUGAUCCUCCUUCCCAUCGUGGGCAACGCGGCCGAGCACGUGACCGCCAUUACCGUGGCAGUUAAGAACAAGAUGGACCUGGCCAUCGGUGUUGCCAUCGGGUCCAGCAUCCAGAUCGCCAUCUUUGUGACGCCGCUUGUCGUUAUCUUGGGCUGGAUAAUGAACAAGGACAUGAGUUUAUACUUCACCCUGUUUGAGACCAUCAGCAUGUUUGUCUCGGCGUUCAUUGUCAACUUCCUCGUGCUCGACGGCCGCAGCAACUACCUCGAGGGCGCGCUGCUGUGUGCUGCGUACGUGAUCAUUGCCGUGGCGGCGUUCUUCUACCCGGACAGCGAUGAGGCCAACAGCAUUGGCGGUGGCGAGGAUAACAACAACGCUACCGAGGCCAAGGGGGAGGUUGCUGCGCUCGCGGUCCGGGGCAUGGCUCACCUUGUGGGAUGGCAAUAA